AGCUUACACAUGUGCUAGGAACUGAACACUUUUGUCUACAACAGAUGCUAGAAAUAUCCACUUACCUUAAAAUGAGUUCUUCCUAACGAUUUCUCUCCGCGGUGCUACUACACUGUACAUUGCACUAGCCCUUGUCAGUAGGUAAUUAAAUUUAUCCAAAAUGUCACAAAAAGCCGAACCAGACUGAUGAACAUAAAGUGGGGUUUUUAAAUAGCACCACAGACUAGCAAAGCACAUAUUUUGGGGAAGAUGGUGUUCUUUUCCUUCUUCCAGUUUCAAUGCAAAUGUCCCGCUACGACGAGAACGUUAGACUGGACCAAGAUGGACUCCAAUUCCUCGGCAGAAAAGAAUUGACAACGUCCAGUUGCGCCAGCCGCCAAAAGACAGUUCUUGUUCUUUUCUCCCAUGAGCACCCGCGGCACACUACAGUGGUGCUUAACUUUGCCAGCGUCCUAAAAGAAAUGUUUAACUUUGACAUUACUGUUGAUAUGUGGUCAACACAAGAUAUCGCCGCCAUUGGAAAAAUUGAAUGGCUGACUAAAAAUAUCGAACGCGCCCACAGUAUCAUCGUUGUCUGUUCCGUGGACGCUAACAGAGUUUCCAGAGCGCAACAGGAAAAGAACAGCUUCAGUAUACCAUGCCAGCAUGACCCAUACGGCGAUAUAUUCACCCUGGCGCUUAGCAUGAUACGGCGUCGAGGUCUAAAGGACGAGAUUUACAAAAAGACCGUCUGCACUCGUUUUCAUUACACUCCAGAGUUUUCUUUACUUGAUGGGUGUCAUACAUUUUGUCUCUUGGGCGACCUCAAGGGCGUGUUGGAGUUUAUACAAAGCGGAUCACAAAAAAUAGAAUGUGCUUUAAGUGAAGCAUCUCCUGAAACUGUUCGCGCUUGGCAGCGUCUCAAUGAAUCCAUUGAGGAAGCAGAUCGUUAUUUUAGAGGAAAUACAAAAUGGUGGAGUGAUAUGUUUGGACUGCGCAUGUCCCAGUGUCCCGAACACGACCCGGAAAUGGCCGAGGAGUCGUACGACAGCGGUAUUGUAUGUAAUGGUGACAUAGGCAGGAUUGUAAGGUUGCAGUCCUGUGGUAAAAGCGGCACUCACAUGCAAGUCUUUCCAAGUGAAAACAAUGGCUUUACAGCAUCAACGCUUCAACAACACACUCAGCUUUUGGCGAAUGGAUGUCGUUUUCCGGUUCUAAAACCGCCUCGUGAUGUCGAUAACCUCAGCAAAACGUUCAGCCAAACUGCUCGAGAAAUAAACGCCGACUGCGAAGGAGAUUUUGAUUUGUCAGGAGACGAGAUAUCUGAUAUGCAGGAACCCUGGCUUACCAAAGAAAUCGAAGACAAUUUUUCACUGCAAAGUGGAGAACAAAUCUCACUUUGAGUGCCUAGG